AUGAAAGCGUACGAUGGAAGUUCAGACCCAAAGGAGUUCGUGACAGUGUUCCGGGCAGCAAUGUCCUUAUGUGGCGAAUCAGAUUCGUUGUUGUGUCGAACAUUUCCUGUGUUUUUGAGAAAACAGGCUUUGGAGUGGUUUACAACCUUGCCAGAUAAUUCCAUCGAAAGUUGGGUGGACUUAUCACAUCGGUUCGUGCAACAGUUUGCUCAUUGCGGACCCCAGCCUAAAACAACGCAUAACUUGUGCGGAGUAAGAAAAAAGCCCGGGGAAAAGUUGCGGGAUUAUUAUGAACAUUUUCAGGUAGAAGCAAGACAAGUUAAGGGCUUAGAAAAUCAAACGUACCUGUUGUUGUUUACUACUGGAUUACAAUCCGGAGGAAUUGCCAACUCGUUAGCCAAAAAGUCUCCGGUUACAAAGGAAGAUUUGCUAGAAAGAAUCAGAAAGUAUAUUGAUUUAGAAGAAUUUACAUCUUCUCAAAAGCAAAUUGAGCAAGGUUUUCGGGAGGCAAGUCAAAGUCGGGGGCCGGAGAGGCCAGCAGGAAGAGGGCAGUUUGAAGAGCGACGACCUCGUCUAGUCGGAGAAAGAUUCAGAGAGCCAUAUCGGAGGGAGUUCACACCUUUGAACACGCCUAGAGCCCAGAUACUUAAAGAAGUGAUGUCGGCAGAAAUGAGAAAUGUCCCAAGGCCGCCGCCCCUUCAGUCAAAGUUUCCAAACAAAACCAAAUGGUGUGAAUUCCAUCGAGGGUACGGGCAUUAUACAAACGACUGUUUUAAUUUACAGAAUGUCAUUGAGCGGUUGAUCAAGGAAGGAAAGUUACAAAAGUAUGUGAGAAGAGAUGUAGAUGUUGGCAAUGAGGAUAAAUCUCGACGACCAUACCAUCGUAGGAGUCCACCAGGAGGAAGAGGACAAGAGGCAGGAAAGAUUCCACAACAAAAGCAAACAUCUCCCAAUCCGGUCCAGUUAGGUCACGUAUGCACUAUAGCCGGAGGUCGAGCAGGAGGAGGAGAAUCGAGUAAUGCUCGGAAGAAGCAUUUAAAGAUGUGCAUGGCCAUUUCAGAUAAGCCGCGUUUCAAAGAAGAAAGAAGGAAGACGGGCAAACAAAUAGUUUUUGAUGACCUAGAUGAUGAGAUAAUUGAUCCAGAGCAUGAUGAUCCUUUAGUCAUUUCUGGGUUGCUAGCAAAUUAUCGUGUUGAUAGAAUGCUGGUAGACCCAGGGAGUUCGGUGGACAUUAUAUUCUUGGAUGCGUUUAGAAGAAUGGAUUUGGAUUAUGACCAGUUGGAGCCAUGUGGAGCCGAGUUAUUAGAUUUCACGGGAGAUAAAAUUAAGCCAUUGAGAUAUAUCUCAUUGAGGAUGACUUUAGGCAAGGCACCCGCGCACAAAACUGUCACCUUGAUAUUUGCAGUAGUAGAUUUGAGCUCGACAUAUAAUGUUAUCUUGGGGCGGCCAUUUAUGAAGAAGUUUAAGAUCUUUUUUUCGAUUGAUCAGUUGGCUAUGAAAUUUGUGGCCAAAGAUGGGUCAGUAGCUACGGUGAAGGCGGACCAAGUUGUUGCUCGGAGUUGUUAUAAUAUGAGUCUACGAGUUCUGCAAGCAAGUAAGGAGAAAAACAUUAGGGAGCCAGCACAACAAGUUAACGAAGGAAAGGUACAAAGAAAAGAAGAAGAGAGGAAAAAAGAACAAGUAAUGGUAGUUGGGAUGGAUCCUAGGGAGGAAGACAAGGUAGAUAGGCCGGAACCCGCUGGUGCUAUGGUAUAA